CUCCCGACGUAGAUAACGCAAGCGCAUUUACGUUACCUGCGUAACAGCGUCCAAACGAGUACGCUUGCGACGAGUGCGUUUAACCAAUAGAAUUAUUUGGCGCAAAAUAAUCACGUGACGCUGUCAGAUAGCGUUGUUUCCCGGGUAAACGGAGCAGCUGUCUUUCUGUAAGUUUGCUACACGAUGUCAGAUUCAGAUGAUUUUUGGAUAGCUGAAACAUUACUAUUAAGUACAGUCAUUAAGCAGCGGCAAAAACGCAAAAAACGGCGAGAAUGGGUUCGAAAGAUUUAUUUAGAGCGACCUGUUCAAGGAGAUUUUUUUUCUUUACUGCCUCGUAUGCGAACCGAUUAUCCUGAAUUAUUUUUUAAUUACUUCAGGAUGAGUAUCGACCAGUUUGACAGACUUGCAGCUUUAGUAAGCACCUUGCUUAUUAAAAAUCAGACAAAUAUGAGAGCUCCACUGAGUCCAGAAGAAAGGCUGAGCAUUUGUUUGAGGCACCUUGCAACUGGAAACAGCUACAGUUCUUUGGCAUAUAGUUUUCGUGUUGGGAAAUCUACUGUAGGAGUUGUGGUGCCUGAGACAUGCAAUGCUAUAUGGACAGCUCUUCAGCCGGUAUAUCUAAAAGAGCCAGAGAAAAGUGAUUAUGAGAGAAUAGCUGUAGAAUAUGGCACAGUGUGGGACUUCCCAAAUUGUGUUGGAGCUGUCGAUGGCAAACAUGUUGUCAUUCAGGCUCCAGCACAUGCUGGCUCUACCUAUUUCAAUUACAAAGGGUCACACAGCAUCGUUUUGAUGGCUGCAUGUGAUGCUUCAUAUUUAUUUACAAUGGUGGACAUUGGAAAUUUUGGCAGAAUCAGUGAUGGAGGCAUUUUCUCAGCUUCAAACCUUGGGAAAAAGCUUUCUCGUGAUAAAGAAUUUCUGCCUGGGUACAAAAAGUUACCAAAAAGCUCCAAAUGUCUGCCACAUGUCUUCGUUGGAGAUGAAGCAUUUGGACUGAAAGAAAAUUUCAUGCGUCCAUAUUCAGGUAGAAACUUAAGUAAUUCAAAAAGGAUUUUCAAUUAUAGGCUCUCCAGGGCAAGAAGAUGUAUAGAAAACACAUUUGGUAUUUUGACUGCUCGCUGGAGGAUUUUACGGAAUCCAAUUAUUGCACAGCCUCAGACAGCAACAUUAGUUGUUCAGGCAUGUUGCUGCCUGCCUGCACAAUUUCUUGAUGAAAUACGAGUCUAUAUCUCAUAA